AUGGUGAUGAAGGGAGGAGGUUGGUGGCGGGAGAAAGUGCUGAGGGGCGUGCGGACGGCGUAUUUCGUGGUGGCGAUGGCGGCGUCGCUUCUGGUAAUGGCGCUGCCGCUGGUGGUGGCUGUAAGCGACGUCGUUUUGCCCUGCUUGUUGAUUUCGAGCUUCACGUGCGUGAAAUGCUAUGGCUUUCGGGAGCAUUUGCGGAGAUAUUCUUUCAGAACCUCGCUUAUCGACAUUCCUAUUGUUUCGAUAAUCAGAUCUUUCGUCAUCACCUGUACAUAUUUAGUUAGUGAUGGACAAUCAAUUUCGCAUGGACCCUAUCUAGGAACCGUGAUGUUCUCUUCUUUAGCUUCAGUGCUGCUACUUUCCUUCAAGGCUUGUGUUUUCACCGUAAAUUCUCAACUCGAGGAGGUAGCUUCAAUUUCCCUUUCAAGGAAGAGGCUCCAUUUGAAGAAGUCCUGGGGUAUGCCCGUCUUGUUCCUCUCCUCUGUAGUAUUUGCUCUUGGGCACAUUGUCGUGGCCUAUCGCACAAGUUACAAAGCUAGACGGAAAAUUAUCCUUCAACGAUUUGACCCAGAAGCCGCCCUUUCUUGCAAAAUGGUACUCGCCAGUUACCAGAAGGCCCCCAGGUCACCAAUUCCAUCAGCUGGAAAGGCUUUCCGAUGCAACAGUGAAACAAGGAGGAAAGCACCAAGGCUAAUAAUGCAUGACGAGAAGGAAAUUCCAGUUAGUUUACUUGCUGAUAAAGACAGCUUGUUCACUUUUCAGACAGGAUUGACAGUACAUUACAAGCUAAUCCUCCCGGGAACUUUUCCCGAUCAGCCCUCAGUUAGCAUACCACUAAAAUCCCAUUGCAAUAAUUUCCACAGGAGCAUUAGUAACCAAUUUCAUUGCAGCACAUCCACAAUCUACACACCACUUUUGUUCAGUUCACCAGCUUCCCAGAUAUCCGAGGAUAUGCCCAUUUUCAGCUUGAAUGAAAAUUGCAUGGAGGAUGAUGAGGCAAGGCAAAUGGGGCCUCAACCAAUAGAACAGGAUUUGGAGGCGAACAAACGAUUUGGAAUUGUUCUUGUCCAUGGUUUUGGAGGGGGUGUGUUCUCAUGGAGGCAUGUGAUGGGCGUUUUGGCCAGGCAAAUGGAUUGUGCUGUGGCAGCUUUUGAUAGGCCUGGGUGGGGUUUAACGUCGAGGCCAAGAAAGAAGGAUUGGGAGGGAAAUGGAUUGAAUAAUCCUUACAAGAUUGAAAAUCAGGUGGACCUGCUUAUUUCCUUUUCCUCUGACAUGGGCUUCUCCUCAGUUGUGUUUGUUGGGCAUGAUGAUGGAGGUUUGCUUGCCCUGAAGGCUGCGCAAAAGGUCCAAUUAUCGGCAAAUUCCAUUAAACUUGAAGUAAAGGGGGUUGUACUAAUGAAUGUAAGCUUGUCAAGAGAAUUAGUUCCUGCCUUUGCAAGAAUAUUGUUGCGAACUUCGCUCGGGAAAAAGCACUUGUUGCGUCCUCUCCUUCGCAUGGAAAUUACUCAACUGGUGAACCGGCGUGCUUGGUACGAUGAAACCAAACUAACCACUGAAGUCUUGAGCUUAUACAAGGCCCCGUUACAUGUUGAAGGUUGGGACGAGGCGCUCCAUGAAAUAGGAAAACUAUCUUAUGAAACGGUGUUGUCACCACAGGAUGCAGCAUUCAUGCUGAAGGCUGUUGUAAAUUUGCCGGUUUUAGUUAUUGCUGGGGCCGAAGAUUUCCUUGUACCUGUAAAAUCAGUUGAAGCUAUGGCUUCGAAACUUGUAAACUCUAGGCUGGUAGCUAUAUCGGGUUGUGGCCAUCUUCCACACGAGGAAUGCCCGAAAGCAUUGCUUGCUGCUAUUACACCUUUCAUAACAAGGCUUUUGUCAAAAUCCAAGAUGCAAAGCCAUUAG